AUGAGUGAAGCAUCAGAGCUCCCCGACUUCGUCCUCGACCCAAAUGCCGUCCUCAAGGAUACCGAGGCAUCAUGGCGUCACGGAGCCCCUCCCAGCUACGCCAAAACGAGAGAGUUCUAUGAAAAGACCAAGACACAGUCGCACGAGGCCGGCAGUCUGCCCGAUCUUGUCGAGAAGCUCGUGAAAAACUGGGAGAUCGAAGCCUCUUUCAAGACGUCUCUGGCCGACUGGCGCACAAUUGACCAAAAGACUUACACCUUCUCGCUCAACGGAGGGCCGCCGCAGACCGGCGAUCAUAUGCUCAAGGUGGGCACGUACAACGCGCUGUUGACCGCGAGCUCAUACUACGACCCGGCGCACAACGACUUUGAGACCAGCCACAAGGCCUUCAAGCGGAUGAUGCCGACCUUUGCGUGGGAGGUGUUGGAAGUGUAUAGUGGGCCGCCGGUGGUGGUGUUCAAAUGGCGGCACUGGGGCGAGAUGGCCAAGGAUUAUGUCGGAUACAAUGAUCGAGGAGAGAAAACGACAAUCAAGGCUCACGGGGGCCUCAUUGAUAUCCAGGGCAUUGUGAUUGCCAGGGUGAACGCGGCUUUGCAGUUGGAAAAAAUCGACGUCUGGUAUGACCCAAUGGAGAUGUUCCGCCAAAUUGCCCGGGAAGAGAAAGGCCAGAAUUUGUCUGGUCUGAGUGCGGACGCUGCAGGUUGUCCGUUCAGUAAGAGCGAGGCUUCUUGA